UCUGGAAGAAGAUGCAGGAAACUGUCCAACACACUUCACUGACUCUAGAUCCAAACACAGCAGCUUGUUGGCUCACACUCUCUACUGAUCUGACCAGUGUGUCGUACGGUGAUGUAUAUCAAAAUGUUCCUAAUAAUCCAGAGAGGUUUGACUAUUAUCCAUGUGUUCUGGGUUCUGAGGGCUUUAACUCAGGAACACACUGCUGGGAUGUGGAGGUUGGAGACAAUACAUACUGGACUAUUGGAAUAACCACAGCAUCAAACCAAAGGAAGGGAGAGGUUUUCUUUAAGUCUAAUGUCUGGCGUGUGCGGUACAUGGACAGUGAAUACUGCUCACAAUCUCCAGAUCAACCCUUGACUCGCUUGACUGUUAAAGAGAAGCUGCAGCGUGUGAGAGUUCAUCUGGACUAUGACAGAGGAAAGGUGUCGUUCUCUGAUCCUCUAACUAACAUCUGUCUGUGUACAUUCACAACAGCCUUCACAGAAACUGUCUUUCCAUUCUUAUAUAAUCUCUGCACAACUUCCCCUCUGAGGAUCUUACCAGUUAAACUGAUUGUAACAGCAGAAAAUCACAGUUAA